GCUGAAUCAUCCAUGUUCAGAUUGUUUACCUAGCAUGGCCUUGCUAGAUAAAUGCUUAAAUGGUAGCUUGUCUCAUUCUACAUAAAACGCAUACCAGUGUCCAAUCGGACAACUGCUAAGUUGUAACCGAUGCUUAUAUAAGCCGGUACGGAAUCAAAGCGAUUAGAAGCUCCACUAUGAUGCCGUGCCUCGGCUUACGUUUGGUCCAAGAAACACCAAGGAAACUACCGCUGAAAAGCGUUGGGCCAACACCGUGGAGCGACUAUCUACCUUCUACGGCAGUGUCGCAACCCGUUCAUCGGCGCUGUUCUGGUGCAGGCCAUCUUCAAGUGCUUGCUUACAUACGCGUGGUUUGUUGGGACUGCGAAGCGAACGAUAGAUCGGGGUAAAUCAAUCUCCCAUCCUGCCGCAUCAUGUCUCUCGCCCUACGAUCCUUGCGAGGCCGGGCCCGCGUUUCUAGGCCAAUAUAUCUCGUCGGUCGCGCCGAGGCUCCUCGGGCAGUCCCACGCCGGUUCGCUAGCUCUUUCGGUGCUCCAGACACCUCUGCUAGUCGGCCUUCUUUCCUCUAUCGUGCUUUCAGAACUGUCGCCUUCGGUAUCGCCUGUGUCUCCUUUGGCUUCGCAAUAGGUCUUUCUCCUGCCUUCCCCAUCCUCUACGCCAUUAUGAAUCCGACAACGGACAAGGAGUCGCUGGAGCUAUACAAGCCACAGACCGACGAGGAGCGUGAAGUCGAUGAGUUCAUAAAAAACCAUCCUUUGGCCAAAGAACUGCGGGCAAAAGAGGGCUUUGUUGAGUCGCGGCCGCAUCUGAAGAUUCCCAAGCCCUACCGGACGUAUCACUUGACCGGUGGACUAUUGUCCGGUCCGGGGCGCAUUGUGGUGCCUCCACUUGUUUUUGAGGAGACGGGCGGCAAAUCGAUCACUGCUAUCUCAUAUCUCGGCAACGAGCUCUGCGGCCACCCGGGUAUCAUUCAUGGCGGUUUGCUGGCAACCAUGCUCGACGAGGGGCUUGCGCGGUCUUGCUUCGCCGCGCUCCCACAUAAGAUAGGUGUGACGGCCAACCUCAAUAUCAACUACCGAGCUCCAGCCCAGGCGGACAGCUACGUGGUCCUCCGUGCGACAACCACCAAGGUGGAGGGACGCAAGGCGUGGGUUGAAGGGCGCAUUGAGACCCUUGUUGGCGAGGGCGAGACGCCUGUGGUUCUCGCCGAAGCCACGGCCUUGUUCAUCUCACCAAAACAAGCUGUGUUGAUGGCCAAUGUCUACCCGUCCAAUUAGACCGAAUGACCGGAGUAUUACGAAUAGACAAGACAAAUCUAAGACAAGACCAAUAUGCAUAGAAGAAGAAAGGCGCCCUUGACGAAUUUGUGUCAUUACUAGAAUUGCUUUUCCCCACCAUGGUGGAUAUUUGUAAACUUUAUGGGAAUCACAUGCAGCGUGGCGUUUGAAACACGCAUUUUCACCAUCGGUUGAAAAUCGCCAAGGGACAGGGAGAGGCUUCUAUCAAGGUCAUGUAUAUUGAAAAAGUGAUCAUAAGUCUCUGAACAAUGGAUGUGUACAAAUGUUACCAUAGGAUCAGCAGGUUGCAACACUAUCUAGGCUGCCGUUCGAAUAUAGGAAGCUAUCUGAACGUCUAUCACCAAACUGAAACCUACCAAUCAGGACAAUGAAUUAUUGCAACAUUGUAGGUGGCAUAUCUGAUGGCAUAUCUGGCGGCAUAUCUAGUGGUAUCCGCGGUGGUACCUUGGUUGCUUGGGAGGUCACACAUGAUAGGACAAUGGCUCCUCGUGACGACACUGUAAUGCCUCAUUCAGAUAUCCCAAUUAAGUGGGCGGGCUUCCUCUUCCACAACCCCCGA